AUCUGUUUUCUUCUGUCUAGAUAUCAUGAGAAUUAUGUGUUUCUAGAAUUGAAGGCAAGUUUGUUUUGCUAUCGGUUGCAUCCGAGCCCAAGUUUUUUAGGCUUCAUUUUUCGUGCUUUCCCAUUGAAAUUUAUUGCCAGCAAUAAUUUAUUUCAAAUCUUGAUCUGAUUUGGUCGAAUUGUUUUUUGCUCACUGUCUAUACAUGUAAAUUAUAGUUUGUACUUUUUAUGGAUUAUCUGAUUUUACCUUUGGUGAAAAAAAUGGACUUGGUGUUAUGGAGCGUAUAACAGGGAUCAUCCAUUUUCAGAUAAUUUAUUUUAACUCUUUGGUGUUGUUUACUAUAUUCGUCCUCUUCCUUCUAAAAUAUUUUAUGUGAAAAUUCUCUUAUUCUUUUACUUAAUGAGUCUAAUGAAAGAGUGGUAUACCAAGGCACGGAUCUUUCGGUUACAUUUGCUUAUCUGUUGUCUCACAAAGAUAACUGAACAUUCGGAGGUGAUAUGCGGAUCACUGUACAAUUGAUUACCAGCAUUUAGUUGCAAUAUGAUUCUUUCAGUUGUGAAGUAAAUAUGCUUUGCCACUUAUGCUACUUUGAAUUAAUUUCAUUGGAGGGUGGAAGGAGGAAAACAAUAUUAAGUCCGAUGUUGUCUCAUUGCAGGUUUCAAUCUAAAACAUAAAAAUCUUUCAAAUUCAAAUUUUUCUUUCUGCAAUAGACAAACUGACGGAUAUCAGUUUUUCUCACAAAUCACCUUUUCAUGUUCCAUUACUUUAAAUAGAUAAAUCCUAUUGUCUUGUUACUUGGUUACUCAGUUUGUUGGGGUGGAGUUGGGGUCAUUUAUGUGCCUGAUGAUUCCAUGGAUCUAUAUCUAGUUUGUAAUUUUAAAAAAAUCAUAUGAAUUGUUGAUGUAAAUUUGAGUUCUAGGUGUUACAUACAAAUUUAUCUCAGUGUUUGAACAUGGCUUCUGAAAAUUGUGGAAGCCAACGCUUCCACAUUUUGGAUUACAUGGAUAUGUUUUAUUGAGGGUGGAAGGGUGGGGGUUAAACUUUGGAAGACCAUCUAAGAACUACUUGCGUUUUGUAACGCCUACUGGUUCAUUUUAUUUCCCUUGUCUAGUAUUACAUAAUUUUGCAGCAAUGUAAAUUUAAGCUCAUCAGCUGAAGAAACUAAGCCGCCAUUUGGCAAAUUUGUAAUUGGUUUAUCAAGAGAAGUAGUAGUAGUUCCCACGAAACGUGUGCAUAAUAAUGUGUAGUAAUUAUGAAUGUGUGGUUUGACGUUGAAUGAAUUUACAAAUUAUUUAUAAAUUCAGUACCCUAAAGGUGCAUAAUAGAUGAGCUAUUUUUUUGUCAAUUGUUUCUGCAUAAGUACUUUUACCAUUAAACAUGUUUUUCUGUGUCCUGGAUAUCUCAAGCUUGAUAUUGGAUAUUGGAAAUUCGAAACAACUGUUGCAAGGAAUCUUGGCUGUACUGCAUAAUUAUUGUGCUGAGUAACAAAAAGUGGUUCAUCUUUAAAAGUAACCAACGAUGUGGAGAUUCAAACCUUUUAUGCCUAAAGAACAAAAUGGGCUUGAAGGACGCACCAUUGACAUUGGCAAUUUCAAAGUUCAAGUUCGUAAUGCUAUUGCUGAGGGUGGAUUCUCCUAUGUUUACUUAGCUCGAGAUGCAAUACACGUAUCCAAGCAGUAUGCAUUAAAGCAUAUCAUAUGUAAUGACGAAGAAUCACUAGAACUAGUGAUGAAGGAGACUUCAGUGAUGAAAUCACUUAAAGGGCACCCUAAUAUUGUCACUCUUCAUGCCCAUACCAUCUUGGAUAUGGGUCGGACAAAGGAAGCUCUCCUCCUCAUGGAAUAUUGUGAGAAGUCUCUGGUUAAUGUUCUAGAGAGCAGAGGAGCUGGAUUUUUUGAGGAGAAGCAGAUCCUUCAAAUUUUCAGGGAUGUAUGCAAUGCUGUCUUUGCGAUGCACUGCAAGACUCCACCAAUUGCUCACCGAGAUUUGAAGGCCGAGAAUCUUUUGCUUGGAUCUGAUGGAUUAUGGAAGCUGUGUGAUUUUGGUAGUACCUCUACUAAUCAUAAGCGCUUUGAGAAGCCAGAGGAAAUGGGAAUUGAGGAAGAUAAUAUCAGGAAACACACAACACCUGCAUAUAGGGCCCCUGAGAUGUGGGAUUUAUAUAGGCGAGAACUCAUAAACGAGAAGGUAGAUAUAUGGGCAUUAGGGUGCCUGCUUUUCCGCAUAUGUUACUUCAAGUCAGCUUUUGAUGGUGAAUCAAAACUUCAGAUUUUAAAUGGGAACUAUCGGAUCCCAGAUUUGCCCAAAUACAGUGCAUCUUUGACAGACAUCAUCAGAGAUAUGCUUCAUUCUUCCCCAGAUGACAGACCAGAUAUUACGCAGGUCUGGUUUCGUGUUAAUGGUCUAUUACCAGAUGGGUUACAGAAGUCGUUACCUGACAGACCUCCAGAAAUACCCCAGCAGAAUGCUGCUGUGCACGGAGGCAUGGCAAGGCCCCUAAAAAAGUCUAACCCGAUGCCUUGUAGAAGUCCACCACCUCCUCCCUUAGCUGAAGCUCCUCAAAAUAUAUCAUCACAGCCACAUAAUCAGGAGACGGAUGGAAGCACGGGUUCAUUAGGUGCUUUCUGGACCACUCAGCAUGCAAAGGAUUCAGUAGGCCAGGAGGACAAAGCCAGGCGCAAAUAUGAUGAAGAAUUUCCCGACAAUUCCAAAAGCAAUCCGACUUGCCAUGUAAUGAUUUCUCGAAAAGAGGAAAAUCUUCAAUCCCAGCAUGUCCAAGAGAAAGCACAAGUGAGAUCAGUCAAUGGACCUGGGAAUGAUCCUUCUAAGGACUUCAAAAUAAAUCUGUUCCCUGAUGAUUCUGACAAUAAUCGUGGCAGAUCUAAACCAACCAAACCAGAGCAAAAGCCUACUUUUCAAAACGAGGUGUUCAAUACUUUUGUUGCUGAAUUUGAUACUAAUAAACUUAGCCCAGGAAGUUACUGUAGGAAAUCGGCGAAAGAAGAGUUAUUAGAGGCCGAGAUAGAAAAGCUAAAAGAGCAGCUCACUGUUGCGUAUACGGAAAAGGCUGAAAUAACUUCCAGAUAUGAAAAGCUGUCUGCAAUUUGCAAAUCACAACGACAAGAGAUGCAGGACCUGAAGCAAGUUCUUGCUGUGAGAACUCCAUCCCCAAGCAGAGAUGUCUCCAGAAACCAAGCAUCUCCUGGAAGCCAACCAUCUACAACUGAACAGCAGACAGGUAAGAUUGAAGGAACGGUUCAGGAACUCCAACAAGGUUUUUUCGACCAAAGUUCUGCAAGCCCAGAUCCUCAGUCGUGGAAGGCCUUCACUGAUGAUACCAAGCUACAAACAACAUCAACAAAAAGUACACCUAAAUCUGUUAGAACAAGAAACGGUAACCAAAAUAGAAAGAACGUUGAACUAAAUUCAGGUGCCAACACGUGGGGAUUUGGAACAGAUAAUUUUAAAGCAGCUCCUUCCACAAGUCCUCAGUUCAAUUUACGAGUUGAUGAAUUAAAUAAUUCUCAGCGCUUCAGUGAAUCAAAGAAUAUAGAAAGUAAGCUGGCUUCCCACCCUGCUGGAUGGGCUGGUUUCUAGUGCUUAUUCUCUGCAAAUGUGAAACAUUCAGCAUAUAGAACACCUACAUAAUGCUAUUUAUGUCGACUGAUUUGGAAGAGAUGAUGAUCUGAAUGAAAGAUGGAAAUACGAAUUGGAUUGGUUAAACGUUUUGUCAUGUAUGUUAUGUAUCAAUGCAAGAAUUAAUUCCAUACCUUAUGGAUGAUAUACAGACUUUGGAUUGCACUUUCAUUGAUGGAAAAAAAUGUUGUAUUA